AUGACUAGUAUAUUUCUUAUUUGUUUUGAAAACUUCCGAACGAAAUAUACUUUAGAGCUUGUGAGAAAACUUGAAGAACUGAAGGAAAGAUAUGGUGAUCUUUUCCAACCAAACGCUGCCUCUCUUUCAUGGCUCAAAGAAGAAGUGCGUUAUUACACAGAAGAAAAUAAUGAUCCUCUAGAAGACUGUUUAGCCGAUUUCACCAGAGAAAACCCAGCUGAAGCCGCUAAGUUGAAUAGAGAGAUAACUUCGAUAUUUGAAGUUCAUUCCAUUAUUCAGAAAUAUUGGGUAAUACAAAAUGCGUAUGAAUCAAUGUUGUAUAAACUCACAGGAGAAUAUGAAUAUUAG